AUGUCAUGGCCUUGAAAGAGCCUCUCUUCUCCGCAUUCUGGCGCCCCUUGGUUUUUUCCCACGUCCCUCGUCACAAUGUCUUCCGCUGCCCUCCGCGCGUCUAUCAAGAUGGCCUCGCGCCCCCAGCAACGGCUGGCUAGCAUUCAAAGGCAGUUCAGCUCCUCGGCGCCACAGAGGAAAGAAAUCCGCGAUGCCUAUAUUAUAAGCGCCAGCCGCACCCCAACCGCAGUGUUCAAUGGCAACUUUACCACGGUAUCGGCGACCCAGCUGGGCGCCACAGCCAUCAAGUCCGCUCUGGAGAAGUCAAAGGUGCCCGUUUCGUCGAUAGAUGCCGUGUACAUGGGCAACGUGCUAGGGGGAGGCGUGGGACAGGCACCAGCACGACAGGCCGCCAUUUUUGCCGGUCUUCCAACAAACAUCGAAGCCACCACUAUCAACAAAGUAUGCGCGUCAGGCCUCAAGGCCGUCAACAUUGCCGCAUCCACCAUUGAGCUCGGUCAAGCAGAAGCCCAGGUUGCCGGAGGAAUGGAGAACAUGACCAGAGUCCCGUACUAUCUGAGCCGCGCCAGCCAGCAGCCAGCCUUUGGACACCAGAAGCUCGAAGAUGGCCUCAUCGCAGACGGCCUCUGGGACGUGUACAACCAGAUCCACAUGGGCAACUGUGCAGAGAACACGGCCAAGAAGUACGAGGUUUCAAGACAGGAGCAGGACGACUACGCCAUUGAAACGUACAAGCGCGCACAGCAGGCAUACAAGGAUGGCCUUUUCAAGGACGAGAUUGUGCCCGUUACCGUCAAGUCGAGAAAGGGCGAGACCGUCGUCUCGGAAGAUGAGCAGUACAACAAGCUCAAGCUCGACAAGGUGGCGACGCUCAAGCCCGCCUUCGAAAAGGGUCCAAACGGCACCGUCACGGCGGCCAACAGCUCGCCUCUUAGCGACGGCGCAUCAGCCCUGGUCCUCGGAAGCAAGGAGAUUGCACAGAAAUACGGCAACGACAGCCGUGUACUAGCCAAGAUCAUUACCUACGCCGAUGCUGCCCUGGACCCCAUUGACUUCCCCGUCGCCCCCGCCGCGUGCGUCGAAAAGCUGCUCGCGCAAUCGGGCCUCUCCAAAGACGACAUCGCCAUCUGGGAGUUCAACGAAGCCUUUGCCGCCGUCAUCAAGGCCAACGCAAAGAUCCUGGGUCUCGGCUCCGCAAACGUAAACCCAAGGGGCGGUGCCAUUGCCCUUGGCCACGCCCUCGGCAGCUCCGGCAGCAGGAUCCUCGUUACCCUCCUCCACCAGCUGCAGCCCGGACAGUACGGCGCUGCUGUCAUUUGCAAUGGAGGCGGCGCCUCCACCGGCAUCAUUGUGCAAAAGGUGUCUGCAGAUCAGCUGUAGGUGAAUUGAAAAAAAACAUCUUCCAAGUAGAGUUUUGUGCAAAAGUGUAACGAAUAAAUGCCAUUAUCCGACCUAUCUCGUGGUCUUU